CGGAGCGGAUUUUUUCCGCCUCCUGCGCCUUCCUCCACCCCUUCUCCCCUCCCCGCUGCCAGUCACCCCUUCGGGUUUUUUUUUUUCACGGGGAGGCGGCGUCGGGCCUCCCGGAGUGUGAUAUUUCCACCGGCCGCCGGCCGCCGCGAGAGGCCGGGGAGGAAGAGACAAAAAGUAGUUUCCCCCCCGCCCCCUCCGGCUCGCCUUUUUCUGGCUAAUCCCGCCUCCUCAGAGUUAGGAAGACUCGUUGAUGCAUUUGGUGUGUAGUGAGGCUUUUUCUUUUCCUUUUUUAAUAGCUAGGAAACGAAAACCGAGAACCCUCCCAUUGGGUUUGUUGCCGCGGCUCUCUCGGCCCUCGGCGCCUGCCGUGCGCGCUCCAACGGCGAGGGGACGAGGGCGCCCAGCCCGCCGCAGCCGCCCGUCACUGGGGGUGGUUUUAAUUUUUCGUUUUUCUUAUUUUUUUUUAAACGACCACUCUGAACAAUGAACAAACUGUAUAUUGGAAACCUCAGCGACCACGCCGUGCCCUCGGACCUGGAAAGUGUCUUCAAGGACGCCAAGAUCCCGGUGUCGGGACCCUUCCUGGUGAAGACGGGCUACGCGUUCGUGGACUGUCCGGACGAGAGCUGGGCCCUCAAGGCCAUCGAGGCGCUUUCAGGUAAGGUGGAAUUGCACGGAAAACCCAUAGAAGUCGAACACUCGGUCCCCAAAAGGCAAAGGAUUCGGAAACUUCAGAUACGAAAUAUCCCGCCUCACUUACAGUGGGAGGUGCUGGAUAGUUUACUAGUACAGUAUGGCGUGGUGGAAAGCUGUGAGCAAGUGAACACUGACUCGGAAACUGCAGUGGUAAAUGUAACCUAUUCCAGUAAGGACCAAGCUAGACAAGCAUUAGACAAACUGAAUGGAUUCCAACUGGAGAGCUUCACAUUGAAAGUGGCCUACAUCCCUGAUGAGGCGUCUGCCCAGCCGACCCCCUUGCAGCAGCCCCGGGGUCGCCGUGGGUUUGGGCAGAGAGGCUCAUCGAGGCAGGGGUCUCCGGGAUCCGUAUCCAAGCAGAAGCCCUGCGACUUGCCUCUGCGGCUGCUGGUGCCCACCCAAUUUGUUGGAGCCAUUAUAGGAAAAGAAGGUGCCACCAUUCGGAAUAUCACCAAACAAACCCAGUCUAAAAUUGAUGUCCACCGUAAAGAGAAUGCAGGUGCUGCUGAGAAAUCCAUUACUAUCCUUUCUACCCCUGAAGGCACCUCUGCGGCUUGUAAAUCUAUUCUGGAGAUUAUGCAUAAGGAAGCUCAAGAUAUAAAAUUCACAGAAGAGAUUCCCUUGAAGAUUUUAGCCCAUAAUAACUUUGUUGGUCGUCUUAUUGGUAAGGAAGGAAGAAACCUUAAAAAAAUUGAGCAGGACACAGACACUAAAAUCACAAUAUCUCCGUUGCAGGAACUGACGCUGUACAACCCGGAGCGCACCAUUACGGUCAAAGGCAAUGUUGAAACAUGUGCCAAAGCUGAGGAAGAGAUCAUGAAGAAAAUCAGGGAGUCUUAUGAAAAUGAUAUUGCUUCUAUGAAUCUUCAAGCACAUUUAAUUCCUGGAUUAAAUCUGAACGCCUUGGGUCUGUUCCCACCCACUUCAGGGAUGCCGCCUCCCACUUCAGGGCCCCCGUCAGCUAUGACUCCUCCAUACCCACAGUUCGAGCAAUCAGAAACAGAGACUGUGCACCUGUUUAUCCCAGCCCUCUCUGUCGGCGCCAUUAUCGGCAAGCAGGGGCAGCACAUCAAACAGCUUUCUCGCUUUGCAGGAGCUUCUAUUAAGAUCGCUCCAGCUGAAGCACCAGAUGCUAAAGUGAGGAUGGUGAUUAUCACUGGGCCACCAGAGGCUCAGUUCAAGGCUCAGGGAAGAAUUUAUGGAAAAAUUAAAGAAGAAAAUUUUGUUAGUCCUAAAGAAGAGGUGAAACUUGAAGCUCAUAUCAGAGUGCCAUCCUUUGCUGCCGGCAGAGUUAUUGGAAAAGGAGGCAAAACGGUGAAUGAGCUCCAGAAUUUGUCAAGUGCAGAAGUUGUUGUCCCUCGUGAUCAGACACCUGAUGAGAAUGACCAAGUGGUUGUCAAAAUAACUGGUCACUUCUAUGCUUGCCAGGUUGCCCAGAGAAAAAUUCAGGAAAUACUGACUCAGGUAAAGCAGCACCAGCAGCAGAAAGCUCUACAAAGUGGCCCACCUCAGUCAAGACGGAAGUAAAGGCUCAGGAAACAGCCCACCACAGAGGCAGAUGCCAAACCAAAGACAGAUUGCUUAACCAACAGAUGGGUGCUGAACCCCUAUCCAGAUUCACAUGCACAACUUUUUACCUAGCCAGUUGUUUCUGAGGACCAGGCAAGUUUUGAACUCCUGUCUCUGUGAGAAUGUAUACUUUAUGCUCUCUGAAAUGUAUGACACCCAGCUUUAAAAAAGGGGGGGGGGAGAGGGGAGAGGAACUCUGCACUUCCCUUUUGCUGUAUUCUCAGUAUAAUAGUCUAAUAUUUCUUAAUAUUCACCCAUAAUGCCAGAAAUUGACUUAAUGAUGCAUUCACUAAAUUCAUAAAAAUAGAUUGCUCCUAAGUCCAAUUGGUAAAAUUGGAUCAGAAUAAAAUUAUUACAGAACUUAAACUAUUAGCAUAGAAAAUUGUUCUCAGUUUUAUCUAACACUAACAUGAAUAACCUAAGGGAAGUGCUAAAUAGUGUUGGCAGGGGUAUUAAAUGUGCAUUUUUACUCAACUACCUCAGGUAUUCAGUAAUGCAAUGAAAGCAAAAGUGUGGUUUUUUGGUUUUUUUUUUUUUUUUUUUGAAAAUUUUAUAUACUUUAUAAAGAAAAAAGUCCAACUGUUUUUUAAAAAAAAAAACAAAUUAAUCAGCUAACAGGCGACUAACAAAAGAAUUUUACUUCUGGCUGGUUGACAAUAAAGCUAGAAAAUUAAUUUCAGGUUUUUUGAGGCUUUUGACAGUUAUUAGUUUGAAAACCCAGUAAUUGGAGCAGUGCCUAUACUUGGAGAGCAGCGAUAACAUUAAUUUUUUCGUUUAUGGUAGGGUAAAUGUUUGAUGGUACUAACAGAGCAAAGCGGUUGCAGGAGGUUUUGGAACAGCGAGUUUGAAUGGCUUCAGGAGACUUCAGUUUUCUUGUUUGGCUACAUAUUUGAAUACAUAAAUGCUUUGUGCUUUUGACUAUCACUACCUAAAGAAAGUGCAUCAAUGAAGGGAUGCAGACAGCCCUGUGGACUUUAAACUGAUUGGUAAAAAGUAAGCUUCCGCUUAGCUUGUUUUGCCAAUACACUUACGACUGGUUGAUCAACACAGUGUGCAGACCCCAAAAUUGCUUUGUGAAGAUCAAUGGGCAGUCAGACGGUGUGGCAGUGUUUAAAGGCAAUAAACAGCUAUAUUCCCAUGUGCUGGGCACUGUCAUGAAACAAAUUAAGAAAGAUGAAAGGCCACCCAAACUACUACAUAGAAUAGAGCAGGAUUUCUGUAUUCUCUAAAACCAGUUAUUUGAAGAUAAGUCAAAAGGUAGAGAAUACAAGGAAACAAUUUUUGGGCAUAAUUUGAAUGACUGUAAAACAACCUUUGAUACUGAAUUCAUUUGCCUAUUCCUUAUCUUGAUAGUAAAGCCCGGUAUGUACAAUUGUGUGGGUGUGGGUGGUCACCAAGGCCACGCUCCUCUCUGAAUUGUCUGUGUUGCUUUUGUUCAUAAAAUAAUCGUAUUACAUGACCUGAAGGGAUAUAAUAACCCUUUAAAAACUCAUGUCUCAUUCGUAUUUCAAGAAUUUCUACGCAGACUAAAGUUUUUUUUGAAAAUCAGCAUAUCAAUUACAUUUUGAAAAUGAUUUGAAAUAUUUUCAGAAAACCAGUUUAUUUUGUAGUUUUAGCCAAAAAGUGCCCUUUUUGUCACUGAAUUCAUUUAUUGUAUGAAAAAAAAACUUAAAAAAAUCAUGAACUGGCUUUCUGGUUGGAUUUCAAGUUAGAUGUGCUUAUUAUUAAGACCAGAGUUCUUCCUCAGUGUCCUCAGUGUUUGAUUUUUCCAAUAUUUGGUGUGGUGUUUUGUUUUCUACAUAUAUUCAGAUAGGUGCUCGUUUAUAUUUGCUGGUUUAAAUUCUGUCAUACUUCAUGUCUAGCCUUUUAGUGUGGCAAAUCAUGUUUUACUUUCAAUUAAACAUUGGUAAUCUGGGGUAUCUGGUUAAUAGUUAAAUUCUGUAAUUGAGUUUUGUACUCACCACAUGGAUCAUUUCUCAUCUGUAACGCGUCCCAAACGUAUCUUCAUUUCCAGAUACCUUGAUGCAAAAUAAAGUUUUUCAUCAUUAGGUGCAGCUUGGUGUGUAUUAUUGUUAUAGCUU